AUGGCUUUCUCCGCUAAAGAUCACAAAAUAGCAGAAAAAGGUGGGAUUUCCAGUAAUGGAGGUUCCACGCUGGAUUCUAGCCAUAAUCCAGGCAACAACAUUUUUACCUAUGCAUCACUUUUUCAAGAUAUCAAGAGUCAGAAGCGAACAACCUUCAACAUUGCUCCAGCUAUCGACAACAACGCCUCCACAACUGGAAGACCUUUGGACUACAACUCAACAUUCGUAGAAGCUAAAGAUGACUACUCUCUCGUCAUUGAUUGUUCUCAAUUUGCUGGGAUGGUAUUCAGAGAGAAGCCCUUGCUCACUUGUCUUCGAGAUCACUAUUCCAAAGGAUUGGGAAUUAGAACACGUAUGGUUGGUAAGAACCAUAAGGUCAUUGAAAUCAGCUUUCCAAGCCAGGAAGAUUGCGAGGAGGCUCUGAACAAGGAACUCGUCUUACAAGGGAAGAUAAUUAAGGUGAACAAGACUUUGGACAAAAAUGCCAACGUCCUCAGAGUAGGUGUCUCUGAGCUUCCUUACAAAACUGAAGAAGUUUUGAAGCCUUUGAUGGUGGAGACCUUCCAAAAAUAUGGGGACAUUCUCAAUCUUGGUCUUAGCUAUACCAAAGAUGGUAAUUGGUUUACUGGUCGCGGUUUUGUCACUCUAAAUAGGGACAAAUUAAAAAGUUACGCAGCUGAACUUACCCCUCAGAUCCAGUUUGGGAAUUUCAAGGAGAAGCUACAUUUGGUUUGGAGUAACAUGAACCCAAUUUGUCAAGACUGUCACACUGAUGAUCAUAUCAAAGCUGAUUGUCCUCGAACAAAGAGGAAAGCAUGUUUCCGAUGCGGAAGCUUGGAACAUCUCAUCGCCGGGUGCCCAUUAGCCUCAUGGAAUAGAGUGAAGAAAACUAAUGAUCACAACAAACAAGGUCAACAUCGCCAGCAAGAAAAUGUUGCCCAACCUAAACCUAUAGGUAGAAAGGUUGACCUUUUAGAUCUAAUGAAUGUGGACCCUCCUAAGUACCUCAACCACAAGAAGGGGAAAAGGAAGGCUACAUCCCUUUCGUCGAAAUCCACAAGCGAUGAUGAGGCACUUUCCAAGGGGGAAGUAUCUUCAGCUGACGAGCCAGAGUCUGAUUCCGACGCUGAAAAUGUCCAAGAACAUUCAACCAACUUGAACGACAGCAAGGAUAUGCAAAUGGAAGAGGAAGGUGACUCCCAUGAUGGUGAAUCUCAGGGUGAUGAAUCUCAGGUUGCUGAAUCCGAGGGUCGGGAAUCUCAGGCAGGUAGCCUCUCACAAGAGGAUGCUCCCAAGGGACAUCUCGAGGAGGAGGAGGACAAUAAUUCCUUUGGUGAUGAGGAGUAUGUCAAGUCUACUAGCGAGGAAGAUAGCGAUGGGGAAUCUCCUAAGGUUGUUCAGGACAAUGUAAGUAGAUAUAACUUGCGACACUCUGGGCACAAGAACAGUGUAGAUGAACCUACUGAGGAACAUCCCAAGCGAUCUAUCGAUGAACUGGCUUCUACCCCUCCAGUAGAGGACAGCGAAGGUCCUAGCAAAAAGCAGAUUAAACAGCAAGAGACUAACACCAGAGACGAAAUGGUCUUGGAUGGAUCAUCAACCACAAACACAUUAUAA